AUGGCCAAGUCCAAGAACCACAGCAUGCACAGCCCAUCCUGGAAAUGGCCCAGAAGCAGCAUCGAGAAACCACAACCACGAAGAUGUGAACCUCUUAAGGGGCUGGGCGCCGAGUUCCUGAGGAAUACACGCUUUGCCGAGAAACACAGCAAGACGGGCCUGAGGAUGAUGCAGGCCAACAACGCCAAGGCCAUGAGGGCAGGCGCUGAGGCUGAGGCCCUUGUAAAGCCCAAGGAGGCCAAGCCCAAGAUCCCAAAGGGCAUCAACCACAAGCUCAAUCAACUUACCUACCUUGCCCACCCCAAGCUCAGGAAGCACGCUUGUGCCUGCGUCGGGGCUCAGGCUCUGCUGGCAAAGUGCAAGACCAAGGCUCAAACCAAGACCCGACUGACUGCAGCUCCAGCUCCGGCUCCUGUUCCAGCUCCAGCUCCGGCUCCUGUUCCAGCUCCAGCCCCAGCUCCCAAAGGUGUCCAGUGCCCUACAAAGGCUCAGAGCACAGGUCUUUUCUGCCACUCCUCACCUGAGGCCCGGCCUCGGCAGCCGUGGACCUCCGCUGCCUUCGGCCUGGACACAUGCCUCCUUAAGCGCAUAGCUGGCCCUCCUCACACCAGCUGA